AUGGCAUCAAGCUACUUUUCAUCUUCUCCGCACGGUUCUAGCUCAUCCUGGACACCCAAACAAAACAAGCUAUUCGAAAAAGCGCUAGCCAAGUAUGACAAGGAUACCCCAGAGCGCUGGCAAAAUGUUGCCAAGGCUGUGGGUGGAAAGUCUCCUGAAGAAGUAAAGAGGCAUUAUGAUCGUCUAGUGGAGGAUCUCAUUUACAUAGAAUCUGGCCAAGCUCCACUUCCCAACUAUAAAACUACUGGAGUUAAAGGUAGAGGAAUUGGCGAAGAACAGAGGUAGAGUUUAAACUGCAGGUUGAUGAAGAAUCUAAGGCUGCAGUAAUAAAGCUCAGAGCUAAUGUAAGAAAGCAAACAAGAAAAAAUAGGCGCAUAUGCACAAGAAGGAAAGGCUUCGGUUAUUUGUUCUCUGUAAUUAAUAGAUUAAUACAAUAAUGAAGUGCGACAGGAACGAAGCCAGGCAUGUGUGUGAUUAUGCUCUUAUUUAAGCUCUGUACCUUACUGAGUUGCUGUAAUCGUGCUUAAUUAUUUUCUAGUCUUAUAUCAAAAAAUUGAAAUUGUGUGUUCUAUUCGAGAA